AUGCUAAAGUUGAAGAACUUCGUUUGGAGAUCAUCAUCAGCAACUACGACAACGUUAAGAAGAACAUUCGCUAUGUCAACAUCUGUUAAAGCUAUUACCGAAGGUUUACAACACAUGGGAUUACAACAACCACAAUCAAUUGUUGAAGGUUCAUCUUUUCCUGAUUAUAACAUUAUUGAUGUUGCCAGAAACUAUAUUUCAAAAGAAUUAAGUCGUAUUUCUGAAGUAGACAGUAAAAUUAUCUUUGAAGCUUUAGAUACGCCGUCCACUUUAGAAAAAGGUGACUUAAUUAUUCCAGUUCCAAGAUUAAGAUUAAAGGGAAUUAAUCCAAAAGAAAAAGCCGAACAAUGGGCAGGUGUUUUUGAAAAAGGAAAAUUCUUAUCUGAGGUUAAGAAUGAAGGUCCAUUCCUUCAAUUCUUCAUUUCUCCAUCUCUUUUGUACAAUUUGGUUGUUAAUGAUACCUUAAAGAGAAAGGCUGAUUAUGGUUAUUUACCAUUAGCUGUUGGUAAGAAAGUCAUUGUUGAAUUUUCUUCUCCAAAUAUUGCCAAACCAUUUCACGCUGGUCAUUUAAGAUCUACUAUUAUUGGUGGGUUCUUAUCCAACUUGUACGAAAAAGCUGGUUGGGAUGUUACUAGAAUUAACUAUUUGGGUGAUUGGGGUAAACAAUUUGGUUUAUUGGCUGUUGGAUUUUCCAGAUAUGGUUCUGAAGAAAAAUUAGCCCAAGAUCCAAUUAACCAUUUAUUUGAAGUUUAUGUCAAGAUCAACCAAGAUCUCGCCAAAGAAGGUGAAGAUUCUGCUACUAAUCAAGAAGCAAGACAAUUCUUCAGAAAAAUGGAAGAUGGUGAUGAAGAAUCAUUAAAAAUCUGGAAAAGAUUCAGAGAUUUAUCCAUUGAAAAGUAUAUUGAUACUUAUGCUCGUCUUAACAUCAAGUACGAUGUCUACUCUGGUGAAUCUCAAGUUCCACAAGAAUUAAUGCAAAAGGCAACUGAAAUCUUCGAAGAAAAAGGGUUGAUUGAUACUGACCGUGGUGCCAAAUUGAUUGACUUAACCAAAUUCAAUAAGAAAUUAGGUAAAGCCUUGGUUCAAAAAUCUGACGGUACUUCUCUUUACUUGACUCGUGAUGUCGGUGAAGCUAUUAAACGUUAUGAGACUUACAAAUUUGAUAAGAUGAUUUAUGUCAUUGCUGCACAACAAGAUUUACAUUGCGCCCAAUUCUUUGAAAUCUUAAAACAAAUGGGAUUGCCUUGGGCCAAGAAUAUGGAACAUGUCAAUUUUGGUAUGGUCCAAGGUAUGUCUACUAGAAAAGGAACUGUUGUUUUCUUGGAUAACAUUUUACAAGAAACCAAAGAAAAGAUGCACGAAGUUAUGAGGAAAAACGAACAUAAAUAUGCGCAAAUUGAAGACCCAGAUAAGAUUGCCGACUUGGUUGGUAUUUCUGCAGUCAUGAUUCAAGAUAUGCAAUCCAAGCGUAUUAACAAUUAUGAAUUCAAAUGGGAUAGAAUGACUUCAUUUGAAGGUGAUACUGGACCAUACUUGCAAUAUGCCCAUUCUCGUUUAUGUUCAGUUCAAAGAAAUGCCAAUAUCGAAGAUCAUGAAUUGGCUGAAGCUAAUUUCGAUUUAUUAGUUGAACCACAUGCAAUUUCCUUGAUUAGAAUCUUAGCACAAUACCCAGAUACCAUAAAGAAAGCAUUAAAGACUUUAGAACCAUCUACCAUUGUUACUUACUUAUUCAGUUUGACUCAUGUUGUUUCUCAAUGUUAUGAUGUCUUAUGGGUUGCUGGUCAAGAAAAAGAAUUAGCUACUGCUAGAUUGGCAUUAUAUGUUGCAGCAAGACAGGUUUUAUAUAACGGUAUGACCUUGUUAGGUUUAACUCCUGUUGAAAGAAUGUAG